AUGGGGAGGCGAGACGCUUGCAGCGUUGGACGUGCUAGUAUCAUUUCGGUGUCGCCGAGCCGCACGCGCCAGCUUGAGAAGGGCACGCUGUCCAAUCUGAACGAUCGUCUCGCUGUCUAUAUUGACCGAGUUCGACAGCUGGAAAUGGAAAAUGAGCGCCUGAAUGUGCGCAUCAACGAGAGCGAAGUGGUGGAAAAGAAGAAGCGCAACGAUCUGAUGGCGCAUUAUAAGUCGGAAAUGAAGGAGCUGCGUGACAUGAUCGAUGAUGCGCUGAAGGAGAAAACUCGAGCUAGCAUGGAUGCUAAGAUAAUGCUU